AGUACGAGUGCUUGUUGCGGCAGCAACAUGAGUUGUCCAAGGGAUGAAUGUCUUUGUAUGCUAAAGAGUGUGAAUGCUUUGAGAAUGAGAAUGAGGCCUACUCAGCCUUCUGCUGCAGUCUUUUCCUCUCAGCCUUUUCCCCGAAGAGCGUCCCUGCAGGCCGCAGCUGAGCUCACUGAGCAUCAGAGGCGAAGAGGCCUGUUAACUUUGUUUUUAAACACAUCCUAGCUGUAAUGUCAGGGUUAUGUUUACAAAAUACCAAUAUGAGCACAGAACUUCCAGUUAGGACAGUUAUUUUCUUAUCAUUUGCAGGCCUCUUUAAGCUUUAGCUUGAGGCCUAACCUCGUAAAUCCCAAAGCAAUUGUGCCAAGCAAUAAAAAAAAGUCAGCCUAGAUACCCUUAUUAGGUGAACAGCACACUAUGUUCAUACAGAUGAGUUAUUAUUUAGGUUAAAACAAUAAGAAGACCACAAAAUGGGCUAAAUCUCAUAAAUAAGAAAUGAUUCGUUUUUCCAGCAUCAGAAUCUGCUGUCAGGUUUUACGCAGGAGAAAACCUGAAAUUAGAUACAAACUACUAAAAUAUACUGAAACCAGGGUUUUAAUUUGACUUCUAAUAUCUCUUUGUUGUGAAUUCGAGAAUCACACAGGCACUAACUAAAACAACAGGUGGCUGCUAUGAUUGGACAGAGCUGUCAUACCAGGAAGGAAAAUAUAAAUACAUAUAUGUAUAUAUGUGUUGAAAGUUCAAGGCAAUCGUGAUCAAGAAUGAUCUGUUUGGUGUACCGCCCACUUUGUGGCAUGCAAAUCUCGAUAAGCUUUAAAAAAAAAAAAGCUUAUAAACUUGUCUGACCAGUAAAAAAUGAUGCUGUUCUUCCUCUUUUCAACCUCUUGCAGUCUAUAAAUAUUAAUUAAAUGCAGCUUAUUGAAAAAGAGCUCUUAAUGGUUUCUGCACACAAUGGAAUCACACGUGUCUAUUGAAAAAGGUGGUAGCAGCCAAUAACCUAAAUGGUCUACAUGGAUUAGAUUUAAUGUUUUAUAAAGCAAUAAAUAGCUAGCCAUUCUAGUCUCCAUCUCUUUAUCAUCAAGUUAUUUCUUACUCUCAGUAUGGGGACUUAUUGAUACACUACAGUGAUGCAACAAAUGCCUUCAUGGCAGCGAUCAUUACUGCAGUUUUAGCAUGUUAUGGGCUGGAUUAAACGCUCCUAGCUGUCUUAGUCCAGAGGAAGGUUUAAGUAGUGGUGAGAGUCUAAAAACAAAUGUAUUAAACUGCUUUCCCUCCUAGAAAUGAUGCCAAAUGAAAGUGAAAUCAUUUUCCCUGCAUUUUCAUUACACUCUGGUGCUUUCCACGAGCAGCCUUUGCAAACCAUUAACUUUAUUUCAUUUUCACUUUUUGUACACGUGUUUUUGUGACCACCUUAUUCUGUUUAAAUGUUACUUUGACAUGUAGUAGUUUUACUGUACAGUGUAAGGCACAGACAGUCAAAGCAAAACAAGGUUACUGUGCAGACUUAUUUAAAUGCAGAUUUAAAUGCAUCCAUGCAAUUAACUUUCUUCCAACCAAAGCAGGGUUUUCUCAUUCACAUGCGUGAGAGCGAGUAGAUAAGAACUUCUCAUAUACGGGCGGAUAUUUUGACGCUGCAUGAUGAAGGUCAAACGAACUUGCAGGCUGACUCUGCUGAGAGUCAGACCAGAGAAUACAAAGUAAACUUUAGAGUAACACACGCUGUAAUUAUGGCGUUUUCACCACAAAGCAUUGUUCAAAAGCCUUAAAGGAUCAGUCUGAUCCAAGCAUGAACUAAAAAGUGGCCAACCAAUACCACUGUCAUGUAGGGUUUUUUUUCCAUUUGGUGUCAGGCAGUUCGUGUCUUUAUAUAAAUAAACUUUACUUUCUUUGCUUUACAAAGCUUAAAAGAAAACAUCAGAUUCCGCUGUCACUCUCAAACUGACUGCUUUUCUCAUUUUUUGCUCUGAAUCAAACAACUAAUCCAAGUUUCAAUCUUUGCUGCUACAGUAAAAAUAUGUUUGAUCUGUCUUUUUUUGUUCCUUCGCACUGUAAGUUCACACAAGCAGAUAUGUAGAUGAUGAUAUUUGAAAAGAAAACUGAACAGCGAUGAGCAGAAGGCUGCGUGCCACGCCACCCAGAAAUGGUGGCUAUUGUGUGCAUUCAUCAAACCAAAUUAAUGUCAUACAGCAAACACAAAAAAGGGGGCAGCAGUCACAGCAGUUAAGAUUUUAAAGUUAGGUCUUUUAAGUGUGGAAAGCACAAACACUUAAUGAAGAAAACAUUCCCUGCUUCAGGGCGAUGAGUAAGUGCAUGCAUGGUGAUACAGCACCUGCCUCAUUUCUGUCUUUUGAACUAAAUAGUGCCAUAAAAAUGAAAGCUUUGAUGCUUGCUGUUUGUUAAAGUGGAUCUCAGUCAGGAUGAGGAGGGCACAGUCAUAUGACUCCACUCUCAGCCGCGUAAAUAAAACAGUGCUUCCGUCCUUAGAGGCUAGUGAGAAGCUCACAGAGCCAUGUCGUGUUUAGCUUCCUCCCCUCCCCCUCCUCGUCUGCAUUGCUGACGCAUCUGCUGCCGGUGCAUCAAUCAGCAGCUUCUAUGUAGGUAUAAGCAGAGUCUCCGCUGAAAGCGGGACUCUCUUAGCUUUGCAUCCGGUUUGCAUGCUCGAUGCAACUGUGAGAAAAUGCAUUGAUGAACAUCUGUCCGCUGACUAACAAAGCUACACAAAUAGGACAGUGCCAUCUUCUCUUAGCUUGUGCAUUACCUAACCACAGUGACUGCGUAAGCACAGACGAAAGCCUUUGGUGUAAUGUAUUGCUGCACUGGCAAAGACAGGCAGAUAGUGUAGCGUCAUGCAUUUAAGGUGCAUGCUCUUUCUACGUGGCUAGAGAUGAUUUUGUGUCAUGCAUUUUUGGUCAACAUCGAGCUGCAUCGAGAUCCCGCUGGUGCGGUGCUGGGGAGAUUUAAUAGAUUGUCUGCUGUACAGCAGAGGAACCCUUCACUCUAUGCUGCUAAUAGCAAUGCAGCUGAGCGUUUUCUCUGGCUGUGCAUUCGAGUACAGAGCUGGUGUGUGAUGUAGCACCCUGCAUCUCUCCGCUCUCCCUACAACCCUCUGCCAUGCUUAAUAAAAGUUGCCGCUUCCUGCUCAGUGGCUCCAGAACGAAAGCUUCAGUUGCCCAGCCAGCACAAAAGCAGACCCAUACUCCGAUUUAGCUACACGCUGCUUAAACCGUGAGUUAUUCCUAUAGCUUGUAGCAGGACAGAAGAGGGACAGCCAGAGGAGGGCAGGGCAGAUCUAGCCCAGGACUUGGGCUGCAUGGAUAGAGGCGAAGGACGUUGGAGCCGGAGUCAUCUUCAUACAGAGAGGGAGGGAGAGGAAGAAAGACGUCAGAAAAAGCUCUGCUUCUGACAACACCACUGUUCAGCGACCAUCAUAGAAAAAAAACUACUUUCGCCUUGGUCUCACGAAACUGUUUUUCAUGUAUAGUUUGGUAUACACGGGGCUGUAGAAAAGGGAUACUGCAUGACACUGCUUCCUGUUCGCCCUGCAUCACUUUCUCUGAUUUACUAAGAUGACUGUGGUGUCUCCAUGCCCUCACAACCUGAUGGAUAACGCUCACCCUCAAACUGUGCUUAGCAAGCUUAAUGAACAGCGUUUACAGGGCCUCUUCUGUGAUGUUACCAUUGUGGUGGAGGAUGUAAAGUUUCGGGCCCACAAGAACAUACUGGCAGCCUGCAGUGGGUACUUCAGGAACGCUCUGACGACUUCUGAGCCAUGGAACUCCAGCCAAGUGCUGGAGCUGAUGGACCUUAAGUCUGAAGUGUUUGCCUGUAUCCUCAACUUCAUGUACUGCUCAAAGGUGACAUCAUCUGAUGCAGAGGACACGAGGGGUGUAGUAGCAGCUGGAAAAAGACUCGGAAUUCCUUUUUUGGAGAAGCUCGCAGAACAAGAGAGACAGGAUGAAUGUGUUAAACCGGCAGAUUCUUGCACAGCCCCGGUGUCUGAAAAAAUAAAGAAGGCACCUCUUGGGCUCGAGGAGGUAGACAGCACCAGAGGACCACGCAUCACCAAUGCCUUCUCAAUCACUGAAGUGUGUCCUGGAAACAAUCCUUUCACCCCUCUGGAUCAAGCAAACGGAGAGAGGCAGUCACCCGACUUGGGUCAGCUCCCAUCAAGUUGUUCUACAACAUCCUGCUUCAGCGGGAACAAUGAGACUACCCACGCCCUCUCUGAGCACUCAUAUGCAGUAUGCAAAUCCACUGAAGGCAAAGAUAGCAGUCAGUGUGAUAGCAAGAAGGUCUGUAAGCCAGCUGUACCGCAGCCAAAGCAACUCAUUUACAGGAAUAUAGGACCGCUUAAAAAGCGGCACAAGCUGAGAAGCAUUUUGGGUAAAAGCAUGCUUCCGACACCAGCCGAACCAGAAACCGACAAACCAAAUACAGUGACCCCCACAUUUACUGACGGUGCUACUGCAACACCUGCCACAGUUAUGACCCCGCCUCCGCUUUUUUCUGAGGCAGAAAAAAGCAUAGACACAGGGCCACCUAUGGCCACAGACAAUGCUCCAAUGGAGCUGGGUCCGCCAACCCUUUCCCCUCAAACAGAGGACAGUAUAUCAAUCUAUGGCUGUGAGCACUGUCCGGAGAUAUUCACAAAUAAAGCUCUUCUCACCAUUCACUCAGAGGUACAUAAAAAGCGUUUUGUUAGUCAUUUGUUUUGCACGUUUUGCCACAGGAAGUUUAUACACCUCAAACGUCUGCGCAACCAUGAGCAGGUCUGUCCUAAGGCUUUGAGAGGCCCACCUAAACUAGAUUCCAGGGAUAGCUCAACCAAAGAGGUGGAUCACCAUUCCGAUGACGGAUCAGAAAUGGAAACCAACACAUCCCAGCCUCCUCCCACCGACCUGCCAAGCCCUUACACCCCAGAGCCCCUUCAAGUGGACCAAUCAGAGCCUCCACACGAUGAGAAGCCAAUGAAGAUAUAUGGUGGUCAGAGGAGAUAUAACUGUAGUGUGUGUAAACGAGUCUACGUCACCCUAUCCAGUCUAAAGCGGCAUGAGAAUGUACAUUCCUGGCAGAGGGCCUACCCCUGUCACUACUGUAACAAAGUAUUUGCCCUGGCAGAGUAUCGCACUAAGCACGAAAUCUGGCACACAGGUGAACGCCGCUACCAGUGCAUUUUCUGCCUGGAGACAUUCAUGACAUACUAUAUCUUGAAGAACCAUCAGAAGUCCUUUCAUGGCAUUGAUCCCACUCUGUCUGUUAAGAAAAAGUCUGCAAACGGCGGGCUAAAAUCCAACAUUUAUCCUCUCAAACUCUACAGGCUUCUACCCAUGAAGUUUAGAAAAAGACAAUACAAGACGUACAGUCACACAUAUUCAGAGAGAGCUGAAGGAGGUGAUCAGCCUGCAACAGACAGUAACUCUGUUAUCCCUCAAAUUGAAGAAAAUGGUCUCAACAGCCACCCUGACACUGCUUCAUUCCCUCUGACGUUCAUGGCAACGACAAAGAUGAUUUCACCUGUCAUGCCUCGCAUCAGCUUUGACAAGCCAUGUGACCAAGAUGGCGACCAAAAUCUAAACAGUGAGCUGGAAAUUCAAGGGGCCACAAGAAAAGAGGCAGAAAACAGAGGUCCACCCUUCUUUAGCUAUGAUGGUUCCUUUUCUGUGCAACCCCAUGCAGAAUCUCCUGCAGGUUACAAAGAUAAUCCAUCUCCGUUAAUUAACUCAGAGCACAUGAGUCAUAAUAUGCCCUUCUUAAAGUCCUUGAGCACUGUUAAAAAGCUAGGUGAGCUGUCAGCUUCUGCCAAAAGAGUUGAAGACAUGACCAAGGAGAUCCUUCAAUCGCACACAGAGAAUUUGUUGUGUGAUAAAACAUUGGGGGCAAAAACAGAAACAUACAUCGCCAAACCCGCAUGCCCAGGUCCAUCUUUUGACAGCGAUGCCAUGCCGCUGUGUCAGAUAACAGUCAAAAUUGGCAACGAAGCCAUUAUCCGACGCCAAAUCAAAGGAUCGAAACUAUUCCCCAGAAAAAAAAGGAGAAUUCGAGAACUGAGUGUGGAGCAGAACCCAAGCCAGUGCCCUCUAACAAGGGAAGACUCAGAGAGUCCCAGGCUUCGCUUCAGACAAGAAGUCGCUGCCACCAGAGAGCCAGAGACAUGCGAUGACCCGUCUGAUUGCGAGGCAGCAGAUAAGCUUUGGCGCCCCUACUAUUCCUAUAAAGCUAAAAAGAAAAGGAAGAAGCUCAGAUAUAAGCACAGAAAAGCCAUGUUUCACCAUUUUUCUGAAACAUCCGUAGACAGAACUGCUGCUAGCGAGGCCCACCUGGAAAGAAGCAGUUGGCUGAGAGAAGAGAGCGUGUCAGUGAGCAGCACGAGGGUGAAGCACAGCGUUGGCAAGAACUGCAGCCCGAGGGCCACGUACAACUGUGAGAUCUGUGACAGCUCUUUUAUCACGGAGACCGGUCUGAGGGCUCAUGUCAUUGGCUCUCACCCCUGUUUCUGUCGGACCUGUGGUAAACAAGGCCCCCCCGGUGAGGCGCCCGCCGGCCGUGAUUACAUCUGCAGCAGCUGUAUGGAAAAUGGCUCCUGCUUCGAUAACACACCCCAGAGCCCCAACCGAGAGAAAAGGUACCGCUGCUCCUUCUGUCCCCAGCGCUUUCUCUACCUCGCCACGAAGAGAAGCCACGAGAAAAAACACAAGGAAGCGAACGAGGAGGGCUACACUUUUGACGACUUCGCACCGUGUUCGAAAUACUCUGCUCACCAGAGCGAAGCCAACAGACAGGCAACCAUCAAAACAGAGGACAGUGACAAUCACGGGGGGACGAACAUAAAACAUGAAAGAGUGGAAGGGGAACAUUUUUCCGUUGAUGAGAAUCAGCCUAAAACCGAGGAGAAAACUGACUUUACGACUCUCUACCAAGAUGUGUCAUAUUCCAGCAUUAAAAGUCCGUUAUCACCUUGCACUGAUCCACUGUUUUCCCUUGCAGCCUCAAAGGUGAAACACAAAAUACCAAAAAAGAGGUUAAACACACAGCAUUCAAGUCACCUGGUUUCAAAAAGGCAAGCGUGCGACAGAGACAGUGACAGCAACACGGACGCUGUGAUGGGACCAAGAACGAACAGUCACAGUGAACUCUUUAGAAGAAAUGACUCUGAUUCUAGAGGUGCCCACAUUUCCAUGCACAAGCCAGAGAAAUGGGCGUGCAAAGAGGAGCCGUUUUUUUAAAGGUCCAUGAGGACUGCAACCAGCUACAGGGAAGAUUAAGGAGAAAAGAAAAAAAAAAGCAAUUUGGUUAGGGAACAUAGGAUUUGCAAUGUUGUAUUUGCAGCUUAGAGUGUUUGAAGGGACAGCAAACAGUAAACAUGAUGAUCUAAUUAUCCAUGUAAUCUCUUCCCUCCUAAACCAGACUCAGUAAGCUUUUGUUCAAGUUUUUUUGUUUUUUGCAUAAUAUAGGACCUCUUGACACAGACUGUAUUUUGUCCAUUGUCUAUGCAUGUAAGGUAGACUCAGUGACAUGACAGAAAGCUCAUGGAAAAAAAAUAAAUAAAUACAACUACUGGUGAUAGUUCUUCAAAA